AUGGAUUCUAUGUUUUGUCUUCUCUCACCAUCUCCUACAAAGCUCUUCCCUUUCAAGAAACUGCCUUCAAUUUCUGCCUCAAAAACGAGAGUUUUCUCUUUAUCAUCUGCUUCCACGACCUCUUCUCCACAGCCAAAAACACCCUCUACAAGAAAACGCUCUUCUUCAAAGCCCAACAAAGCCCCAUCUCCAAAAUUAUCCACAACUUCAACAAGUACUCGAGAAACAAGCACCCCAGUCUCCCUCCCUCUCAAAAAGGUUCUGGUGCCAAUUGGGUUUGGUACAGAAGAAAUGGAAGCAGUUGUUUUAGUUGAUGUCUUGAGGAGAGCUGGUGCAGAGGUGAUUUUUGCUUCUGUAGAACCACAGCUCGAGAUUGAAGCUGCAGGUGGCACUAGAAUUGUUGCUGAUACCUCUAUCGCUAAAUGUGCUAAUGAAGUUUUUGAUCUUGUUGCUUUGCCGGGAGGAAUGCCAGGCUCCGCAAGGUUGAGAGAUUGUGAAGUUCUCAGGCAAAUUACAAGCAAACAAGCUGAGGGUAAGAGAUUAUAUGGAGCUAUAUGUGCCGCUCCAGCAGUCACUCUUCUUCCAUGGGGCCUUCUGAGGAGAAAGCAGAUGACAUGUCACCCUGCAUUUAUGGACAAGCUUCCUACUUUCUGGGCUGUUUCGUCAAAAAUUCAAGUUUCAGGAGAGCUUACAACAAGCCGGGGUCCAGGUACUUCUUUCGAGUUUGCUCUAUCCUUAGUAGAUCAGCUGUUUGGAGAGUCUGUUGCCAAGGAGGUUGGACAAUUGUUGCUGAUGCAAGCUGAUGACGAUACCCAGAGAAAAGAAGAAUAUAACAAAGUUGAAUGGUCUUUUGAUCAAAAUCCUCGUGUUCUCAUUCCAAUUGCAAAUGGUUCUGAAGAGAUUGAAAUAGUUACAACUGUAGAUAUUUUAAGGCGGGCAAAGGUGGAUGUUGUGGUAGCUUCAAUAGAAAGUUCGGUGCAAAUUUUGGCAUCACAAGGCAUAAAAAUUGUUGCUGACAAGUUAAUUGGUGAUGCUGCUGAAUCAGUAUAUGAUCUAAUCAUUCUUCCAGGAGGAAAUGCUGGGGCUGAGCGGCUACACAAAUCUAAGGUUCUAAAGAAGCUGCUCCAAGAGCAAGACGCAGCUGGCAGGAUAUUUGGAGCAGUUUGCUCUUCCCCUGCAAUUCUUCACAGACAGGGUUUACUAAAGGAUAAGAGAGCCACUGCUCAUCCCUCUGUUGUGACCAACCUAAACAAUGUUGUAAAUGGCGCCAAAGUAGUUAUUGAUGGUAAAUUGAUCACAAGCAAGGGACUUUCUACCGUAACAGAUUUUGCAUUGGCUAUUGUGAGCAAACUUUUUGGUCAUGCAAGGACAAGAUGUGUAGCUGAGGGCCUUGUUUUUGACUAUCCUAGGAGUUAA